CAACCAACCAAUCAAUCCGUGAGUCUCAGAUGUCCUCAAUCCAAAUGCAUGUCAAUCCAAAUGCAUGUGGAUCGGAUACGCGGAGGAACUUUUUUCGCUUUCUCUGGGUCCUCCAGAAGAGAGAGUUUUAAGUAGCCGAGCGUGGUCGUGUGCUGACGUUUGCGGAGCCGCGCACGACGAUGAUAUCGAUGCGUCGUUUCAGACUCCUUGCCAUCCUGUUUGGGUUGGUUGCCAUUGGGAAGGCGGCUCAGAGCAAGGACGCCUCACGUAAGCACAGCGGGGCCACACACGCACCGAACCGACCAUGCACCAUGGCAGAUCUGCCCAUACAUGUGUGCUUGUGAUUGUUGUGUGGCUGAUCUGUGGCUGCAGAGGUGUCGGUGGCCGCUCGCGAGCUCGGUAGGUGGCCGCGGCCAUGCAGCCAUCCAUCCGUAUUGCGGAGAUCUGUCGGUUCUGCGCUGCGUGUGUGUGGUGUGUGCGUGCCUGCAGGUGGGGAGGUGCGGGCGUUUGAGGCCCAGCAGGCGGCGCUGGUGCAGCUGCAACUCGACCAGGCCGCCAACACCAUCACCGCCGCAUACAAGCUCAACACUGCUGCACACAAGCUCGACACUGCCGCACACCAGCUGACCGCCCAGGCCCUGGAGGCCAUCGACAAGGCCCACCGCACCCUCACACAGAUGACGACAGAAGGCCUCAACACGCAACAGACCGGAGAUGGCAGAGGGAACGACAGUACGCAUGAAGGAUGCCCUGUCUCUCUCUUUGCGUGGGUGCAGGCCGUCGCAAGAUUGCUGCAGAGGGGGGAGGCGUCUGGACGUCGUGCGGGAGCAUUGAUAAAUGCAAAACUCCGUGGGGUGACAUACGGAUGGACAAUCGGGUGGGUGUAUGUACGCAUGUGUGAUCGGUCGACCCAUGUCGCUCUGUGCUGCUUGUGUGGCUGUCUGUCUGUCUGUCUCCCUGCAGCCAUGCGGCAUACUUUACGGCUAUCCGUGCAAAUGUAUGACGACAGACGAGCAAACCCCCUACGCAGAAGAUGGCUGCUGGGUAAGCAAGCGUCCUAUGUAUUGUACACCCACCACACAAAUGCUUGUUUGUUUGUUACUACAACGCCUGCAGGCUCUCUUGCCCUAAACAAGCCCGUGUAGCACCAAGCUGGUAUGCAUCAUACAUACGAAUAGUUCUCAUGCCUCGCCCGCCAUUCUGUCUGUGUGUGUGUGUGUCACAGAGGGGCCACACACGCACACGCACACACACAGGGCCAAGAGUGAGCGACCAAUAGCGGGACAAUAACAUGGGUGUGAUCCCCCCGACCGGUAGCGAAGGGUGUGGGUGGGGUGGGGUGGCUAGAUGAGAUUGGGGGUGCUAGUGGGCAGGUGGGUGUGGGGACAGAUGUGUCUGUCUGCUGGGUGCCUGGCUGGCCGCCACGUGCAUGGGAGGGAGACCAUUUCUUUUCCAGCAAUGGAUGGAUGGAUGCCUGUCUGUCUGUCUGUCUGAUGAAUGUGUGUGUUGACUGACUAGCUCUGUACAUACAUACAUACAUACAUUUCUUGUCUAUAUUGCGAUCUGAUGGACGAUGGAUGGCCACUUAAAUGAAUGGAUGAAAGACAUACAUAUAUGUACUGAAACAAGGGUCUGAGCGCUC